AAAUGUGGCACAGAGAGUGGUCCUCGAAAAAUGCAACAACGACGGUGAAAAAGGGAGAGAGUGUGGAUUUGAGGCGACCGGUGUUUUCAUAUGGGAGCGAUGACAUCAGAGCUGAAUCAUGAACAAACCUUCAUGUGCAGACCGGUGUAUCUUGCAAUCGAAAAAACAGCUCUACUAACUCCACUCCUUCAAUGGCAGAUGUUGAAACCCAUUACACAAUCAUCUCCUAUUCUCCGUACAUCAUAACCACCAUGGCUACAUUCGAUGAUGCCGAUUUUGGCGUGGAGACGCCUACACAGCCUGUGCAGAGCAGCCAGCAAAAUGCCGCCGGCGAUCACGCUACAAACACAAUUCAUGAGGGGGCUCUAGCUAUUCCAAUGUCACCAACCUCGAUUUCUCAUGAUGCGAUUGAGAUACCUGCCACAAGGUCUCCUCACGCCGAUGCGUCAAAGUAUAUGCACAACCUCUCCCUGUCGCCCUCAAUGAGGGAUAGAAGGGCUUCUCGGAAUUCUUUCGGGACCUCACUCCCAAUCCCACGUUCCAAGAGACAGUCUCGCCUCAGCUCUGUCCACCAUAUCGACCGAGAUGCAGUUUUGGGGUCAGGCGCAGUUCCCAUCCAGCACACAAGGGACAUUUUGGCAGCUCAAAUCCAAGACAUAUCGGCAGAUAAAGCUAAGAAAGCCAAGAACAUGGCAUUUGUCUUCGAUAUCGAUGGUGUCUUAGUGCAUGGCGAUCGUCUGAUCCCAGAGGGAAAGAGAGCACUGGAGAUCCUGAACGGAGAUAACGAGCUUGGAAUCAAGAUUCCUCACAUAUUCCUGACCAACGGAUCAGGUAAACCAGAGCUGGCCCGCACGCAGCAGCUAGCCAAGAUCUUGCAGAAUCCUGUCAAUACCGAGCAGUUUAUCCAGUCACACACUCCAAUGCGCGCUCUGGCGGAGUACUAUAACACAGUGCUAGUAGUUGGUGGCGAGGGAUAUCGCUGCCGAGAGGUGGCGGAACAGUAUGGAUUCCGCGACAUCGUGGUGCCAAACGACAUUGUCGCAUGGGACACUACGAUCGCGCCCUAUCGCGUCUUCACAGACGAAGAGCGUGCCAGCUCACGGCCUCGUGAUUUUUCCCAGACCAACAUCGAGGCCAUCCUUGUUUUCUCCGACUCAAGAGACUACGCCACCGACAUGCAAAUCAUCAUUGAUUUGUUGCGAUCUGAGGAUGGUCGACUGGGUACUAUUGCCGCCGAUCCAGUUUCUCAGCGAAUCCCCAUCUAUUUCUCACAAGGCGAUAUGCUAUGCCCUACUGAGCAUCCUAUUCCUCGUAUGAGCCAAGGCACAUUCAGAAUCGGUCUCGAGGCUAUGUACAAGGCGCUCACGGGGGUUGAUCUCGAACGUGUGGUGUACGGAAAGCCUGAGAUGGCCACAUAUAAAUAUGCCGACGAGGUCAUCGCAUCAUGGAUGGAGCAGCUGCAUGGCGAAGAGCGUAUCCCUGAAAACAUCUACAUGGUUGGCGAUAACCCGGCCUCGGACAUCAUUGGCGGAAACAUGUAUGGCUGGAACACAUGCUUGGUGCGUACUGGUGUAUUCCAAGGCGGCGAGAAUGAUGAAUCCAACCCUGCCAACUUCGGCGUCUUCCCUAAUGUGCUGGAGGCUGUGAAAUCUGCCUGCCGUAAGGAACUUGGAGAGUCGUUUAGAUUUGAGUGGGAUGACCGCGUCAAUCCUGUGCUGCACGGCUCCAAGCAUGUUGCAUCGGCGAUUGAGUAAGUGGACUACUAUGCGAUAUGGACAAAAAUUGCUUGAAAUUUCGAAAUGGGUUUAUGAAAUGGAAUGAACUGGGGUAUUAUAUGCCAAGAAAAAAAAGGAAUAGACAUCAUAGCGACAUUGAUAAAGAGUGGCAUCUUUCAUAUAUGCCACAAUUAAGUGCCACGGCAGGCGACCGCCACCUAGCUGAUUGUAUUUACAUUGAAAAGUUACAUAGUAUUUUUCCUUUUUUAUAGACUUAAGCUUCACAUCUGGUCACUACUCAGAAUAUACAUCCGCUUAUCCAAUCACCAGUCUGUGUCAUGUACAAGUGUAAUCCCGC